AUGGUGACGCCGUAUGAUUAUCAACCAACAGAGAAAGAAAAAGGUGGCAGACACGUGAAGGAACGCCUAUUAGUCCACAAUACGGUGGAAGGCGAUGACAAGAACAAUCAGAAUCUGCAGGAUGUACAAGAAUCAUCGUGCCCAGGAUGUGACGUAAAGAAGACUUGCAAUGUCAAUGGAUGCAAGUUACAUCACAAUAAGCUUCUACACUUUGAGCGAGUUGUGAACGAGGACGCGAUCGAACCAGAGAAGAAAACUAGCGAUAUAAUAACCAGUGAGUCAACUGUUUUCUUCCAUGAUAAAUCGACAAAGAAGGCACUGUUCCGAUAUAUACCGGUAACUUUGCACAAUGGAUCAAGAGCCGUAGAUGUAUUGGCCCUCAUCGACGAGGGAUCAUCCUGUACGCUAAUGGAGCGCAAGUUAGCUGAUGAGCUGGGCUUAGAUGGAUCAGAAGAGGAGCUCUGUUUGAAGUCGACCGGCGAUAUGACGCAGACUGAAGCCAAAUCCAAGCUCGUCUGUAUCAAUGUUUCCGCUGCCGGUUGUCUGGAUGUAAAAUAUAUGCUGAAAGGAGUGCGCACUGUGAGCAAAUUGGAUCUGCCAUUGCAAAGUAUUGAUGAUCAAAUGCUUGAUGAUCACAAUCACCUAAGAUCCGUUCCUGUCUCGACGUACUCAAAUGCUAGAGCCCAAAUGAUCAUUGGACUGGAUCACAUUAAGAUCUGUGUGCCACUGGAGGUACAAGAAGCUGAUAAUGACGAUCUUAUUGCGGUUCGUUGCCAAUUGGGAUGGUCUGUUUACGGCCAAUAUGGAUUGGAGGAAGCCAUGCUGCCACGUGUGCGGCAUGUCUGCCAGUGUACGUGCGCUACACGAGCACUCGACGAGGCGGUGAAGGCGCACUUUUCAUUGGAAGCUAUUGGUGUGAGCGUUCCCUCAAAACCACUGCGAUCGAAGGAAGAUGAGCUGUCGCUGAAGAUUAUGAACCGAACUACGAAGUACAUUUCCAAUGACAGUCGCUGGGAAACUGGAUUAUUGUGGAGAUACGAGAAUGUUGAGCUGCCUGAUUCCUAUCACAUGGCUCUUAGACGUCUCAAAUGUCUCGAGUCAAAAAUGCUUAAGAAUCCGGAGCUGAAUGAGUUUCUGACUGAUACCAUGCGGAACUACGAGAAGAAGGGACCGGAUUUGUUGGUAUCAUUGAUGGGAGUACUGCUGCGCUUCCGCGAGCGACCUGUGGCUGUAUCAGGUGACAUACGAGAGAUGUUUCACCAGAUUAAAGUUAGCGUCUCUGAUCAAUCUUCGCAGAAGAUCUUAUGUAGAAAUGGAGAAAUUGAUCGUCCGCCGGAUACAUAUGUAAUGCAAGUGAUGACCUUUGGCGCUUCUUGUUCGCCGUCGCUUGCCAACUUCGUAUUGAGGCGCAAUGCGGAGCAGUUCGGCGAGAAACAUCCCAGCGCGAUAAAGGCGUUCUUCCGAAACACGUUUGUUGCCGACUGGCUGGAGUCGGUAGAUACGGAAGAUCAGAUGAUUGAACUGGCAACAAAUGUGAAAGAUAUCCACACCAAAGGUGGAUUUGAAAUGAGGAAUUGGCUUUCAAACUCGAAAAGCGUCCUUCAAUCCCUGAAUAACUCACGGGAGCCUUCACCGAAAUAUCUUGGCGUGGAGCAAGAACUUCAGGAGAAAGUUUUAGGCAUGUGGUGGCUACCGGAAUCGGACAUGCUAACGUUCGUCAUCCGGCCCGAGUUGUUGCAGAGAUCAGGAGUGAGCUGGGAUGACGCCAUUAAAGAACCGGAUGAGAAUGACUGGAUGGCAUGGAAGGCUUUACUGAUCAAACUAGGAGAUCUCCGCAUCCCACGCUACAUGUACUGUUCAAGUUCCGUCAAAGGGGUGCAGUUGCAUGUAUUUGUCGAUGCCAGCCUGGAUGCUUAUGCUGAAGUAGCAUACCUGCGUGUUGAACAAGGCGGCGAGAUCCGAUGCUCUUUGGUGGCGUCAAAAAAUAGAGUAGCUCCAUUAAAACCAAUAUCACUGCCUCGAAUGGAAUUGAUGGCAGCUGUUUUGGGUCUGCGCCUGGCCAAAUUUUUGGAAUCGGAGCUGUCAACAAAAAUUGAGAAGCGUAUAUUUUGGACUGAUGCGCGAGACGUUCUGUACUGGAUAAAAUCCUACGCCCGUAAGUACCCUCAAUUCGUGGGCUUACGUAUUGGAGAGAUUCUUGAAGGAUCUGAGAUUGAAGAUUGGCGCUGGGUACCUUCGGAACAGAAUGUGGCGGACGAAGGGACCAAAUGGACCAAGAAAAGCGAAAUAAACAGCUCAGGCAGAUGGUUUACUGGCCCGGAAUUUUUAUUGCAAGGCGAGUCGCAGUGGCCAUCGCGACCAGGAGUUGACAUUAGCAGCGAGUGUGAACUAAUGUACCAUGAUGACAAAACGCGGGUGAACAAGUCACCCAUUGAUUCGAUUAUGCCGGAUCCGUUGCGUUUCAAAAGACUUGAGCGUAUGCGUGCUGCCCAAAAACGAGUACUGGAUUUCCUACGCUAUAUAUGCAAGGAACCGCGUGGGCCUGAACUGGUGAGACUAUUCAAACUUGAACGCUAUGUGGAAAUGGAUACUGUCUUUAUACGAGCAUGCCAAGAAGAAGCAUUUGCUGAUGAAAUACGCUGUCUAAAGUAA